AUGUCUUGCGGCUGCUCUUCUCAACAAACACCCAACUGCUGUGGUACCGCCGAGACCCAGUCCAAGUGCUCUUGCCCCCCUGGCAACUGCCAAUGCGAGUCUUGCCCCAAGUCCAGCAAGACCGAGGCUUCCGGUGCUUGCAACUGUGGCGAAGAGAAGAAGGAGAAGGCUCAGACCUGCGGCUGUAACGGCUCUGGUGCUGCCUGCACUUGUCCCCCUGGCCAAUGCGCCUGUGCCAACUGUGGUGAGAAGGAGGUGAAGACUCAGACUUGUGGUUGCGGCGGCGAAGGUGCUGCCUGCACUUGUGCUCCCGGCCAGUGCGGCUGCGCUAGCUGCCCUGUUCAGGCCAAGGAGGCCCCUGUCAGCAAGCCUACUACUUGCGGCGUUGGGGGCAGCUGA